GGCGGGGGGCGGGUGGUGGCGCGGGCAGCACUCGGGGCGGGACGGCGGCGGCGGCGCGCGAGGCAGGCUUGCGGAGGGCAGCCCCGCGCCAGGCCCCGCCUCGCGCGCCCCGCCCGCCCCAGGGUCCUCGGAGCUGCUCGGGCUGCGCGCGGAGCGGGCUCCGGAGGGAAGUCCCGAGACAAAGGGAAGCGCCGCCGCCGCCGCCCCGCUCGGUCCUCCGCCUGUCCGCGACGCUCGCCGGGGCCGCGGCCGCCCGAGGGACUCUGAACAUGUCGGGGAUCGCCCUCAGCAGACUCGCUCAGGAGAGGAAAGCGUGGAGAAAAGACCACCCGUUUGGUUUCGUGGCUGUCCCAACAAAAAACCCCGAUGGCACGAUGAACCUCAUGAACUGGGAGUGCGCCAUUCCAGGAAAGAAAGGGACUCCGUGGGAAGGAGGCUUGUUUAAACUACGGAUGCUUUUCAAAGAUGACUAUCCAUCUUCACCACCGAAAUGUAAAUUUGAACCACCGUUAUUUCACCCAAAUGUGUACCCUUCGGGGACAGUGUGCCUGUCCAUCUUAGAGGAGGACAAGGACUGGAGGCCAGCCAUCACAAUCAAACAGAUCCUAUUAGGAAUACAGGAACUUCUAAAUGAACCAAAUAUCCAAGACCCAGCCCAAGCAGAGGCCUACACGAUUUACUGCCAAAACAGAGUGGAGUAUGAGAAGAGGGUCCGAGCACAAGCCAAGAAGUUCGCGCCCUCGUAAGCAGCGGCUGUGGCCUCGCAGAAAGGAAGGGAUUGGUGUGGCAGGAACUUGUUUACACUUUUGCAAAUCUAUCAAGUUCUCCGUACAGUGACUAGUCACCGGGGGGGUUGGGCGGGCGCCAUCUUCCAUUGCCGCCGCGGGUACGCAGUCUCGAUUCGCUCAGUUGCCCGUUUUUCAUACAGGGUCUCUUCCUUCAGUCUUUUGUAUUUGGAUUGUUACGUAAAACUUGCUUUUAUUUUAAUAUUGAUGUCAGUAUUUGAACUGCUGUAAAAUGAUAAACUUUUAUACUUGGGUGAGUCCCCCAGGAGCGAGCCCUCGCUCUCGGACGCAGGCAUGCUUCUCACCGUGCAGAGCUCCACCUCGCCCCGGCUGGCUGUCUGGAAAUGCGCCCCCCCGCCGCUCCUCUAGGGCCUGGGCUGUGUUGCCUUCGAGCCUCAGAUCCCAGGUCAGCCGCCUCCGUUCUGCGUCACUUCCUUGUGUUUAUAUGGCGUUUUGUCUGUGUUGCUGUUUAGGGUAAAUAAACUGUUUAUAUAAAGGUUUUGGUUGCAUUAUCGUCAUUGAAAGUGUGAGGAGGUGGCCUCCGAGUGCCCGGCCCUCCCCUCCCGACUGCAGCCCCCCCCAGAGCCAGGACCCGGCUCUCCCGUCGGCUGCCCAGGCUGCGUGGCUCCAUCUUGCCCUGGAUCUUUGUGACUGUGCUGUGCUGCUGAGGUUUCUGUGCUCCCCACCCCAGAGCUUCUGGCCGGAGAGCACUGGGCAGUUAAGAUCUGCACAGGGUGGGAUUGGCGUGGAGACCCUGGAAGGUGUGCCCUGGUGCCAGCUGUCUUGGGUGGGGCACAGGGCCAGGGCCAGACCAGGGCUGAGGCUGCAUGAGGACUGCUUUCGAGGCAGCCUGCUGGUGGGGCUACCCCUCCUCAGUGGCUGGGUCACGGGCACCACCUCGGGUGUCUGUCCCUCAUGCCUCAGGAGGCAGCUCUGCUCCCACCCCAGCAAAUGCAGGAGAGCCCACAGCUUGGCCCCUCCGGGGCUUCCCUGACCCUUAGCGACAGGUGGAGGGCCCUGGGCAGCCUGUGCCUGGAAUUCUCUGUCCUGAUGCCGCCUGAGUGGUCUCUCCCGGGGAGGCUGCGCCCCUCGCAAGCAGCCCUGGCCCUGAGCCCUCUGCAAAGGCUGGGCCAGCCGGGCCUCGUGUGGCUGCCUGAGCCAGGGCUGAGCCAUCAUAGGAAGUGGCCUGGCUAGGUCGCCACCCAGCAGGAAGGUGCAAUGGACAGAGAUGGGAAGGCCUGGGGGCUGCGGCCAGCCCCCCCAGGCCCCACCCAGUCUCCCCAUCCCAUCGGGCUUGGCCCUCCUCAGUCUCAUUUUGAGCUCCAGGGCUGGAGCUGGCCCGGGCACUCCCCGGCGGCUGGAGCUGGGUCUCAAGGGGGCGGGUGGGUGCAGAGAGUGCAGGGAGGGCGGCCCAGGGCCUGGGAUGGGGAGCUCGGCGCCCUCCGUCUGUGAGGGGCCCCUACCGCCGUGGGCGAGGGCACUCCCAGUCGGCGCUGGCCGCUCUGGUGCAGCGGGUGCCUCGUCUGCUUUCUGGCUUCUGCAGGGCCAGGGCACCGAGCUCUCGGCUGUUUUCGGCCCGUUUAUAACGCGUGGGCCUUACCUGGGGAAUUGAGCCGCUUUGAAUAUUUCCAGCCACUCCCAGAAUGUCUUAUUUUGUAUGACUGAACUGCGCUUAGGAUUAGUUACACAUGUGAACGGUUCAUAUAUAUGGAAAUUCAAUAUAUUUUCUAGUUAAUGUAUUCUAAAGUAACGGAUGUUUCUCGCCGAUUGUAGUGACUUCAGCUAAGGAAAUGCUCCUUCUGUCGUCCCACGUCCUCGGCCUCACGAGGACGUGCGUCUUGUAACAGCUCUGAAACGGGGUCGUUUGUUGAAUGGAAGGGAAGGUGUGUUCCCGGCAUGAGGUGCCUCUGAAUGAGUGACAAUUGUGGGCAAUGGGUUAACCACUGUAUCUGAGAAUCCACCAAUUAAAGCAUUUGCAAAGA